GUCAAAAUGGGAGCAAGUACGAGGACGGGAAAGUUUGCGGUCGGAUUUACGGCAUUCGGAUUUUUGUUUAUCCUGAUUGCCUUCUGUUCUCCAUAUUGGCUCCAAACGGACGGGGAACUAGAGAAACCAAAGUUUACCAAUCUCGGACUUUGGGAACUAUGUCUGAAGAAUUUCCAGGACAUCCACCGAUGGUACGAUUACCCGUUCAAUGGGUGCAUGUGGAUAUUCGAGGAGGAGUACUACAUCAUUCACGACUAUAUCCUGCCCGGGUUCUUCAUAGCGGUGCAGUUCUUCUUUACCCUCUGCUUUACCCUGCUCCUGAUGGGCGUCAUUAUGACGCUAAUGUUCCUGAGCUGCCCCCGUGACAAUGACCGCUACAUCAUGCUGCUGCUUACGAACGGCACCGUCCUAGUGCUGUCCGGCCUGUGCGGGUUGAUAGCGGUGGCUACGUUCGGCUGUUACGGCGAUAGUCGUGAUUGGAUGCCAAACUGGGAGCACAACGAUAUGGGUUGGUCGUUUGCACUGGCAGUCGUCGGUACGUUUGCACUAUUUCCAGCAGGUGUUCUGUUCAUCGUGGAAGCGCGCCGUGCGACAUACAGAAGGUUGAACAAUAUCGCAAACACCGAGCUGGCCGCCGCCUACACGAUGGACGAGCGUAAAUACCGCGGUGGACACACGGAUAUUUAGGCGCUAAACAUUCCCAGCGAUCGUGCGCCGAUCAAUGCCUUUUUAUUACUAGAUUAAGAGUAUCAUUUUUUUAUAUACGCAUGUGGCCUUACAUAUUCCUUGCCGUGAGGAAAGUAUAGUGUAGUCAGCAUUAGGUAGGUUGCUGCAGAGCAAUCUCAAGAUGAAACAAAUUCCGUCCAAUAGUAAUAGAAAUAUAAAUUGUAGGAUAUUUUUCUACCAA